UCACAUGGUCUGAUGACGCCUCUACAGCCAUGUCUGAGGCUCUGGAAGAGGCGCCCGGAUCUGGGAUCUGCGCUGUGUCUGUACUCUGUUGCCUGUCACUGGCGUGCUCCUACGUGGGCAGCCUGUAUGUGUGGAAGAGCGGGCUGUCCAGGGACCACCCUGCAGUCAUCAAGAGAAGAUUUACCAGUGUACUGGUUGUAUCCUUACUGUCACCUUUAUUCCUAUGGGUAUGGAAAGAAGUCACAGGCAUUAAGACAGGUGCAGCCAUACUCUCACUUAUGGGUUUCCGACUUGAGGGUCUCCUCACAGCAACAAUUUUACCUUUGCUACUCACUAUGAUAUUAUUCUUGGGCCCUCUUGUACACCUUUCUCUGGAUUGCCCUUGGGAUUUUAUUGAUGGAUUAAAAGUUGCUUUUGAUCUUCGUUUUUGGAUGCUUUGUGUGACUGACAUGCGGUGGCUUCGUAACCAGGUUAUUGCCCCUCUUACAGAGGAGUUGGUCUUCAGGGCCUGCAUGCUGCCCAUGUUAGUACCAUGUACUAGCCCUGGCACAGCAAUCUUUACAUGCCCAUUGUUCUUUGGUAUUGCCCAUUUUCAUCACGUCAUUGAGCAGCUAAGGUUUCGACAGGGAACUAUUGUGAACAUUUUCCUGUCAGCUGCGUUUCAGUUUUCAUACACUGCAGUGUUUGGAGCAUACACAGCGUUUAUCUUCAUAAGAACAGGACACUUCAUAGGACCUGUUCUCUGCCAUUCCUUUUGUAAUUACAUCGGAUUUCCAGCGAUAUUUACAGCUUUGGACCAUCCACAACGUACAACCAUUCUUUUUUUCUACAUUCUGGGUGUUGUACUGUUCUUUUUGAUGCUCUAUCCUGUUACGGAUCCAUCAUUGUAUGGUGACAUUCCUGUCUGCUAUUUACUGGAGAAGGGAUCCCCAAGCCACCAUUCUCUUUGCUCUUGACAACAGCAGCAACCAUGGAACUUAGCUCAGCAGUCAUGUUAAGGCAAAAGAUAACCCGAUCUGUUCUGGGGAACAGAUUUCAUCCACAGUGAAUAGCAGACUAACCUGGUGCAGAAGUGGUUGGAGAAACUUCAUGUAGAUGUCACAUGAACUGUUGAAUUUUAUCAAAGAUUUGUUUUGUACGAAACUAGAAACUAUAUAAACUUUUUUUUUUUUUUUUUUUUUUUUUUGUUUCAAAUCUACAGUACCCAUUCUGAAUGAUGGGGCCUCUGACCGCGCUUUUAAAUAGAGCUACAUUUAUAAGACCAGGUGUUCUUUUCCAUCAGAUAUCCUAUAUAUCUAUAUUUUUGGAUGUAAAUUUAUUCCAUAGUGCUCUAUUUUUUUACAUUAGAUGGGGACCCAAACAUUAUUUUCUGCAUGUUUGGGAGAUGAAUAAAGGUUUCUUAUUUUUCACUGGAGAACAUUAAAAGGAACAGCCAAAACACUGCGCUGCCAUUUCCUUCCAUUAUACCUGUAGGCGCUGCUUUCAGCACUUUGCAACAAUUUGGGGAAUUUGCAAAACAGGUUAUUUUUAUGCAAAUCGGUUGAAGCUGCUAUUAGAGAACCUGUUGGAAACUAAAGGGUUAAUGUAUCUUUAUGUCUGCACAACACUUUUCUUGUUUUUAAAGCACUGAAAAUGGUGAACCUGCUGCUAAUUUUCGUAAACCUUUUUCCCACUGAAAUUAUAUUCAUAUAAAGAUAAUGUUGUUUAUUUGUAUGUUUUGUAUCACUUCAACGUUUUCACCUCAUCACAGUUUUGUCUCCAGGCGAAAAAGGAUUGGACCAAUGUUUUUAAGUCAAUGUAUACAAACCAGCAAUGAGUGCAGUUGACUUGAAGGUGUUUAACAGAGUGAUAGACAUUAUGCUCGGCCUAAUGCUGACAAAAUAGAUCACUUUUUUUUCUCUAUUUUAAAAGCUGCUUAAUAGAGGGCUGUUGCAACAUUAAGAAAUUGUGCUGAAAAGAAAAAUAGUUUACAUUGUUUAAGGCUGGGUCUCUCAAAAAAGUAAAAACAGUGCUACUUAGGUGGAUACUUGCUGCAAUAACUUCAUUGUUGCUGCUACAGACCUUUCUGUCUGAAACCAAGUGUAAUAGAGAAACACAGUGGCGAGGAUAUUCAAGGAACAGUGCAGCUAAAAUAAUAAGGGUUUUACUACUGAUCUGUGGAUAGUGACAGAGUAAUCUUUGUGUUACGUUUAAGUAUUUAUUAUGCAGCAAUGACAAUCCUUUACAUGCUUUUCACUUGUGAUGCUUAAACCUUAGGACACAAUGCUGACGUUAUACCUCUUCUUUACUAUAGUACUUUUUUUAGUUCCAAAUUGAAGUCUUUCUUUGGUUACAAAGAUUCUGCUUGGUUUCCUCAGUGCAUUUUGCUUUUGCCAGCUAUUUAAACUAAACUAAACUAGUUAUACAGGUUGAGUAUCCCUUAUCCAAAAUGCUUGGGACCAGAGGUAUUUUGGAUAUGGGAUUUUUCCGUAUUUUGGAAUAAAUGCAUACCAUAAUGAGAUAUCAUGGUGAUGGGACCUAAAUCUAAGCACAGAAUGCAUUUAUGUUACAUAUACACCCUGUACACACAGCCUGAAGGUAGUUUUAGCCAAUAUUUUUUAUAACUUUGUGCAUUAAACAAAGUGUGUGUUCAGUCACACAAUUCAUUUAUGUUUCACAUACACCUUCUACACACUGCCUGAAGGUCAUUUAAUACAAUAUUUUUAAUAACUUUGUGUAUUAAACAAAGUGUGUGUGUGUACAUUGAGCCAUCAAAAAACAAAGGUUUCACUAUCUCACUCUCACUCAAAAAAGUCCGUAUUUCGGAAUAUUCCGUAUUUCGGAAUAUUUGGAUAUGGGAUACUCAACCUGUACUUUAACAGUUAUCUACUGUAAUUUUCUUUAAAUUGUCAUUAUGGAUGGAGCAUGCCUAACAUUAAAACUUAAGACACUGUAUAAACAUAUUCUCAAGUCUCGAAACAUGAUAACAUGCACUUUGUUAAAGAGGGAUGCAUUUAAUUUACUUAGUCUCCUUACUGCCGGUAUUUCAUACUGGAUCCUUUAAAGGUAUGCUGGUGAUGUGUUACCAGUCCAAACUUGAAACCUGAUUGCAUGCAGGCUUAAUCUAGCACCAGCGAAAGCGUCUCGCUGGACCGCGCAUCGCUAUCGCUGUGGGGGUUACACACGUACAGAUCAUGCUUAAUUUCUAAGCAAUCUAGUCCGAUUGCUUAGAUUAUCGCUCCAUGAGUACCCCUCUUUAAACAAGCUUCAUGAUAGCAACUCUGAGUUGGAUUGUUAUACAGUAAAUUGUCCUACUUAGAGUAUUCUUGUAGCGCAGGAAAAUAAUAUUAAGUGAUUUUAUCCAUUUUCCUUCCAAAACAUAAAAUGUUUUUGUGCGCUACAUUAGCCUUUUAAGCAAUAACCGCUAAUUCCCACCAAGUAAUGCUUGCUUAGAGUACACACAAAUUGGUGCUGUUUGUGUCCACCAUUUGCAUCUAGCACAGCAUUUCAGAGUCCUAUUAAAGCAGUUAGAUAUAGAUUUGACAUCUUUAUUCUUUAUUUUUCCUCCUAAAGCACAAUGGGCCUGUGGUUUCAAUUUGUUUCUUAUGUGUACACUGUACUGACAUAAACGGACUUGUAAAAGUGUACUUCUGGGAAACUUAGUUGGCUAUCCAUAUGUUUUUUGCAGUCUUAUUACAUAGUGAAGUAAGGGUACUCCAUUGUAUGAGAGCUAAUGUAUUCUUAUAGAACUAUAUUGUAAAGCUGUUAUCUGCUGUACACCAGCAUAUUUUGCCAAAGGCUCUUAUGUGAACACUGUCAUUUUCUGUACUCAAUAAACAGGCUUUGCCGA